CGCUUCGAUCGUCGACACCAAGAGUGUGGAGACUGUCACUAGCACAACCACCACUACGGUUGUCACCACUGUCGAAGAAAGCGUUGCUUCGUUGCAACAACGCGUUGCUUGCCAAUGCAGCUAUCUCUGGCAGUGUGACACACAAGCCCAAGUCGGGACGCGUCAAGGUCGCUUCAGGAAAGGGCAAUGUUCCUGUGCUGAAGAUCACGGCUCCAACGACCGAUAGCGAGGUAGUAGUGAUGCGCAGGAUGGAUUUGGAUAUGGUGAACGCUACAGCCAUGUUCAAUGCCACCUACCCCUCUGUCUCUGAGGCCAUGGAGGCUACGGAGAACAGCUAUCUUGCAAGCAAGUACGAGGCUGACGGUGCUAUUGUCGAGAAGGCCAGCAGUGGAGCACUUGCUGGUGUUUGGGUCACGAUCUCGCAAGCCCAGGAACUAGCAAAGGAAUACGGAAUCGACUUGUUCAUGCAACCCCUGCUGGACGCUCCCGCCCGCAGGAGCACGACAAAGGUUGCCUCUGCACCCACCCCGGCCACUGAAACUGCUACCGUAGUCGGCACUAUCUCCACUUCAGAGCCUCAAGAGAAGGACGAGGUACAGACGACUACCUCCGAGACGAUUAUUGUUGCAACGACUGAGACAGUUUUCGUGAAGGAAGAGAUCGAAGCCAUCGAGACAGAGAUUGUGAGCCAGGGCACGAAGGAAAGCGAGGAGGAGAAAGAUGGUGAAAAGGCCGAGGAGGAGGUCGAAGAGAAGAACGAGGAAAAGGAUGAGGAAAAGGAUGAGGAGGCACCAGUUGAAAAGGCUACGGUCAUGAAGCGUCGGAUUGAGGAGCUCGAGGACCAAGCAACAAGAGACCGAAAGAGGUACAGAGGACUGAUCACGGUUGCUGUUGGUCUUGUGGCAGCGGCUGCUCUUCCCCAGGUCCUUCCUUACUUUUCAUAAAGCAGCAUUGUGUUGAAUUGCUGGUUCUGCCAGGCUCUUUUUUUUAUAUAUAUUUAUAAUUUAUAUUUUGUUC